AUGGUAAAUCAAGAAUUUAUUUUCUUGUUCCAACUUUUUAAAAAUGUGUACAUUUUAGGCCAAGGGUCAUUCAUAAAUCACAUUACUCUCCUAGUGAAAGUAACAGAUGUGGAUGAGUAUAGUCCAGAGUUUGUGCCAUCAGGUCCUGUGGUCAAGUCGGUGCCAGAAAAUAUAAGCUUGUAUGAUUUGAUUUAUCAACUCAAUGCUACUGAUAGAGACUCAGGGGAUGGUGUCAAAGUGUACAGCAUCAGCUAUGGAAACACAAAGAAAAUGUUUAGCCUUGAUUCAACUUCAGGCAAAUUGAUUCUCCAAGAGCCACUGGACUAUGAGAGAGAAAAGUUUUACAACCUGGCACUUGAAGUCAGAGACUCAGGGAACUUGACCAGCACACUCAUUCUGACCAUACUAGUAACUGAUGUGGAUGACAAUGAUCCAGAGUGCACUGAUGUGUUUUUUACUAUCUCUGUGAAAGAAGAGGUUAACAUGGGAACACUCUAUACACCUCAUUGUUUUGACUUGGAUAUAGUUGCAAGUCCAGUCUUGGAGUAUAUUCCAGUUAAUGCACCAGAUGAGAUAAAAAUUAAUAAAACCACGGGGGAGGUAACUCAGAUCAAGUAUUUUGACUAUGAAAAUGCAACAACUCAUGGAUUUACUAUUGUUGUGAAAGAGUUGAAUGUGGUCAACCCCAGGUCAAUAAAAAUAAUGCUAACAGUAAAUGUAGAGCCAGUAAAUGAAUACGACCCAGUAUUUCAGCCACUGAAUAAUAAUGGAACAUACUAUGUUGCAGAGAAUACAAAACUAGGCACAUCAAUAACACAAGUGUUAGCUUCUGACAGAGAUCAGGGUUUGCAACAAGGUAGUGUCAGGUACUACAUAGAUGGAGGCAACAAUGACCAUGUUUUUGAUAUAGAUGAAACAUCUGGCAAUAUUACAAUCAUAGGAAAUGUAGACAGAGAAACAUUGGCCAGGUACCAUUUGACUGUCAGGGCUAGUGAUGAUGUGCCAGGUAGCAGUGCACAAAGAAAUGCUACUGUUACAUUGGAUAUUCUCAUCACUGAUGUCAAUGACCACACACCCCAGUUGAUACCACUCAUGUAUCAUGCUGAGGUUCUUGAAACAAUCAAACCUGUGGUCACUCUACUGAACUUCACUGUGCAGGAUGAAGAUGAAGGGAACAAUGCUCUGGUUUACAUUAAUAUAACUGAUGGAAACUUUGAGAACAAGUUUAAUAUUGUUGGUAAAACUUUAGUAUUGAAAGACUACCUAGAUUUUGAAACGACCACACUGUAUGAUCUGCAACUGGAGAUCAAAGAUUCUGGUGUGCCAUCUCUCAAAUCUGCAGGGAGGGUUAUUAUUACUGUUCUACCUGUAAAUGAACAAGCUCCACACAUGAACACUUCUCAUGAUACAAUUUUUCUACUGGAAAACAUACCAAUUGGAACAUUAGUUUAUGAUGCCAAUGCUACAGAUUCUGAUGCAGGGGUUGAUGGAGAAAUUGUUUACAGUCUGGCAACCAACUCCACAAAUGUUUUUAUUCUUGACCCAACCAACGGUCAACUGUUUGUGGGGGCGCCAAUGGACUUUGACCACUUACCAAACACGUAUUCCCUUAUAAUUGUAGCCACAGACAGAUUUGGUGCCUCCGAUAUCACGACCUCUACCAUAUCUUUGAGUAUCAUCCUACAAGACAUCAACGACAACUACCCUGUGUUUGCUGCAUCUGUGUUGAACUUAACAGUGAAUGAGAAUGAGAAGUUGGGUGUCAGUGUGGGCAGAGUCUUGGUAACUGACGAUGACUCAGGGAGCUUUGGAUUUCUUAUGUACAAUGUAACUGGUGGUAACGGCUUAGAGUUUUUCAACCUCAACAAUGUUACUGGGGCCUUAGUAACAAGAUCAAACAUCGACUAUGAAACUUAUAAAGUGCUGUAUCUGGCAGUGGCAGCUUAUGACGCAGGUAAACCUUCCUUGACAUCCAACUGUUUGGUCAAGAUUCAAGUGGUCAACAAAAAUGACAAUGACCCAGUGAUAACCCCACCAGAUAUGGCUGUGACCAUCCCUGAGACCAUCAGUCCUGGGGAUACAGUCCUGACUUACAUCGGCUUUGAUAAAGACACAGAAAUUUCUAGAUUUGAAUUGGUUGAAUACAGUGAUUAUUUUGCGAUUGACCCAGGCACUGGGGAACUGAGAACAACAGCAGUCAUGGAUAGAGAAAAUUUUAAAGAGCUUGUCUUACACAUUAGAGUAAUAGACCAUGGCACAGAUACUGACCCUCUCAUUCGCACCUCUACGGCUACCCUGACAAUUCUAAUAGAUGACCAGAAUGACAACAGUCCAGUUGUCAGUGGUACUUACAACAAGGCUGUGCCAGAAAAUAUUAACAUCAAUGAGGUUGUGUUUAAAAUCAAUGCGUCCGAUGCUGACGAAGGUCCUGGUGUCUUUAUGGGUUUUUCAAUCAUCGAGGGUAACACUGGUCAAGAUUUCCAUGUUAAUUCUGAGGGUUAUGUACAGGUAUCAAACCCACUGGACCGUGAAAGUGUCUCUCAGUACAAACUACACAUCAGAGUGACAGACCAUGGCGUCCCCCAGAGGUCAACAGACCUGUAUGCCAUCAUCAAUGUCACUGACAUCAAUGACAACAACCCUGUCUUCACACCAGCCUACUACACAUUCAACAUCUCAGAGAACUCACUGGUCAACACGUUUGUGGGGGCAGUCAAUGCCACUGAUGCUGAUGAGGGGUUGAACUCAGAGCUUAGCUACAGUUUUGACUCUUUCUACGUUGGAAAGUCAUCGCAUUUUGUUGUUGAUAAGAUAAGUGGGGCCAUUAGAGUUGCAUCAGCUGAUCUUGAUAGGGAGUCUCAAGCAUUUUAUAAGGCAAAACUCAAGGUGAAUGAUGCGGGUGUGCCCAUCUCCAGAUCAUCAUUCGCAGAAGUUGUAAUUUACAUCAACGACCUGAAUGAUGUGGUCCCAGCAUUCACCAAGUCUAAUUAUAGUGUGUUGAUUGACGAGAAAACAGCUGUCAACAAAACUGUUUUAAUUGUCCAGGCUGUGGACAGGGACUUUGGCAUCAACGCAGAAAUUGGUUACUUCAUGGAUAGCAAUUUGUAUGAUGGUUCUCUGGCCAAAAGCUAUUUCAAUGUUGAUUCAGAAACAGGCAGUGUCAGCAUUAUAAACCUGAUCAGCUAUGAAAACUGUCAGAGAUUUACUUUUGUCGUGUAUGCCAUAGAUAGAGGCACACCCCCACUCACAGGGUCUACCACAGUGUUGAUAGAUAUCAGAGACAUCAAUGAUAACAACCCAAUUUUCAGCCCAUCAUUUUACAACACUGAAGUUGCAUAUAACGGACAGUGUGAGAAAGUUGUGGCAACAGUUACAGCUGUAGAUGCAGACUUUGGUCAAAAUUCAGCUAUUUCCUACUACACCCAGGAAGAGAUGUUCCUCUUCUUCAUCACACCUGAAACUGGAGCUUUGAACCAAAGAGGUGUAGCUCCUAAAAGUGCCAGGUUCACAAUUGAGGUUCAUGCAAAAGAUGGAGGUACACCAGUAAGGAGGGCGGAGGUGCCGGCCACAGUUAGAGUGGACACUUUUGAUCCUAAUCUCUAUGUGGUCACAUUUAGACUUGGCAUCAGCAGGACUUCAUUCUUUGCUCAUGUUGACUCAUUCUUGAGCCACCUGCAGAGUGUUAUCCAAGCACACUAUCCCACCGCUGUGGUGAGAUUGUGGUGUGUUGAAGAGUAUGAAGGAGUAGCUCAUCCACCAGUCAGUGGAGUAAGAAGAUUGCUUGCAGAUCAACCUAUAGAUGUUCAUCUGUAUGCUUUGCGAGACAACACCACCGACUCUGAAGCAAACAUCAACACUGAGAAAGAUUUCCUACAGCAAGACGAGUUUCUGUCUCUGGUCAGUGCCAACCCUCAAGGAGACCCCGGCUCUUCUGUCCAAGGAAGUGACUGGGACUAUUUUGAUAUCAUCAGAGUGGACCCAUAUUAUUACAAGCCAAUAGGAUGGUUUGAUACAACAGCUGGGAGAGUCAUCACAGCUGUAGUUAUCUUCCUUGGAUUGAUUCUUAUUGGAUUUCUUUCUUACUUUUUGUUUCGAGUAUGUUCUAAGUUUUGGAGGUGAG